AUGGGAAAAGUGCACAGUCCUGCUUCUUCUGUUUCACCUAUAACAACUCCGUCUCCAUCUACUAAUCAAGAUCAACACUUAAUUUUACCUGUAAGUUUUUUUAAAUUAAUUUUAAAUUUUAAUAAAUGCAUUUUUAGUAGAGCAUCUGCUAUGCUAGAAAAGAUUUCUCAACAACCAUCGUCUUCUUGUGUCAGUCUUUUGGAAUUAGCUCAGAAAUGGAGGAUUCCUGUAUUGCCUUUGCGAAAUUUGUGGCAUUGGAUUGCAAAAGCUGAGAAAUCUGAAAAUAAGCCUGAAUUUUCUGAAUUGGAAGUUUGGCCAAAUCUAAAUCUGGAUGGUCGUUUAGGGCAAUGUCCAUUUCAACUUCUCAGUUCUCAUAGCUUCACUGUUUCAAACGGUCGGCCUCAAGAGUUGGGAAAUUUAUUAGAAAUAAAAAAAAACGUGGCGGUGGAAGUAAUACAGUACAAAACUGAUUUUAUUUUCCAAAACAAUACAGAAUUUGAGAAAUGCAAAGAAAAAGAAAGUGUAUCUACAAAAGUCUCUAAAAAUUUAUGCGUGAGUUGA